AUGAGAUUCAAACCUCGGUGUGAAAAUCUAUCUAUCUAUCUAUCUAUCUAUCUAUCACCGUCGUCUAAUAUCUAUCUACGAGACAUUGUCUAUCUAUCUAUCUAUCUAUCUAUCUAUCAUUUCCAUCAUUCGCUCUGUAUAUCUAAUUUUUCUUCGUAUCUAUCUAUCUAUCUAUCUAUCUAUCUAUCUAUCUAUCUAUCUAUCUAUCUAUCUAUCUAUCUAUCUAUGAUAACCUCUACAUAUCUAUCUAUCUAUCUAUCUAUCUAUUCCUAUUGUCUAUCUAUCCAUCUAUCUAUCUAUCUACAUUCUAUCUAUCUAUCUAAACCUGUUCAUCUAUCUAUCUUUCUAUCAUCAUCUGUCUAUCUAUUUCUAUCUAUCUAUCUAUCUCUAAUUUUAGAAUCUAUCUAUCUAUCUAUCUAUCUAUCUAUCUAUCUAUCUAUCUAUCUAUCUCUCUAUCUAUCUAUCUCAUAUUGCAUAAUCUACUAUCUAUCUAUCUAUCUAUCUAUCUAUCUGUCUAUCUAUCCAUCUACCUAUCUAUUCAUCAUCUAUCUACUAUUUUCUAUUAUCUAUCUAUCUAUUUUAUCUAUCUAUCUAUCUAUCUAUCUAUCUAUCUAUCUAUCUAUCUAUCUAUCUAUCUCUGAUAGCCUCUUCCUCUUCGUAUCUAUCUAUCUAUCUAUCUAUCUAUCUAUCUAUCUAUCUAUCUAUCUAUCUCUGAUAGUCUUUAGUAUCUAUCUAUCUAGGCAUCUAUCUAUCAAAAUGAUGUUCUCUGAGCCAUUGUCUAUUUCUGUUCAUCUAUCUAUCUAUUUCCAUCUAUCUAUCUAUCUUUCUAUGUUAAUCUUUUAUCGUAUCUAUCUAUCUAUCUAUCUAUCUAUCUAUCUAUCUAUCUAUCUAUCUAUUAAUAUCUAUCACACACAUAUAUCAUAA